CUGGUGGCUAGGCAGAGCAUCUCCCUAAAUCUGUCAAAGCUUCGAUCGGCCCUCCAGCUUGCAUUUGGUGAUGUUAGUGCUUAGACGUUUAUGCCGCCCAUGGGAUCUCGAAAGAGAGUAAAGCCCAGCCCCCAAGGCGCGGACUCCAAGUCCUCUUCGGCGUCCAGCAAUGGUGCUACAUCGCUUUCCUCAGGCGGAGACCGUGCGGAGUCAAGGAACAGAGGAAGCACUGCGAGUUGGUAUCCUGCAGUCUGGCCGGCGGUCUCCAGAGCAUCGAAAGCGGCUCCUGUUACCGAGGUUGCCCGUGAGAGUAUUUCCGCUGCUCAAAACCUAGCACCAAAACUCACUUCCCGCUCAACCUCCCAGCUUGAUUCCCCUAAACAGCCUCGAAAUCCUACUCUCCAGCUCACUCGCAAAGUGGGUGCGUCCACCAGGUCUCUUCCAGCGGACGCCGCGACAACAAGGAUCAACAUUGCUUCAGAUGGUAGCACCUUCACCCCUGAGGAGGACGCUCGGUCGUGCCCGGCUGGGAUUACGACGCAAUCAACUGAGGAGGAAGCGCCAAACGAGCAAGAACCAGUAGCUACGGAUGACGCCGUUAAGGGACCGUUAAAUCUUGCCCCUGAGACUACUACAACUGAGAACCCCAAGGGUGCUGACCCAGCCCCCGCAUCGAAUGCCCAAUCCGGUGGAUGGUUUUCAUGGUUUUAUCCCCCAUCGGCAGCCGAGACUCCUGCUCCAAAAGAGCCAGUGACAGAGGCCAGUGAAGAACCGUCCACGGACUCCCAACCUUUGAAAGACGAAGAACAGACCACGUCAGAAGAUCGGAGCCAGGCUGAGCCGGAAAGGUCGGAACCAUAUAGUUCGAAGCUUGAUAAGCCUCUUGAAACGUCUGAAGUGCCUAAAAGCUCGCCGAAUUCUCACAAACGUUCUUGGCUUCAAAUGUGGUACGGCUCCUCAACCAAAGGGCCAGAAGAGCCUGUGAGUGAGCCUGUGAGUGAGCCUUCAAGCGAAGUAGACAAGACAACUACGCAGAGCGAGCAGGCGGUAUCUGCACCAAACCAAGACCAUGAGAUGCAAGGGGCAACAGACAGUUCGGCUAUAUUACCCGCGAAGGAUGUAAAACCUUCGGGGUGGUCCUUCUGGUUUAGAGACUCGUCGAAAGAACGUAAUCAGGAGAAUGCACAAGAGGCCCAGGUGGCUGAGACUUCUGCAGCGCCAGAUUCUAUCGUGAAAAGGCCGCCAGGUGAGGCUGAAUCGGAACUAGAAGCAAGGGCUGAGAUUGCAAAGAAGGGAAGCGUGAAGCUCAAGAACCCCAAGAACAGCUCUGCACCACCUGACAAGUCCACACUGCGUCCAGAAGCCGGUCUCAAUGAUUUGGUUCCAGGGCCUUCCGAAGCUGCCGCUUCCAAGCAACUGCGAAAGGUAUUGCCUAACCAGGUCCUACCCCGGUUUCAGGACACGUUUGCCUUGCAAGAAAAACCCAGCUUGUUGCAAACAAUAGGACGGUACUUCCAGUAUAGCAAGGAUUCAAACAAUAAGCAUGUCCAAAUGGUCAAGGACACGCCCCCUGUCAAAAGGGCAUUGGCCAUUGGGAUACACGGGUACUUUCCUGCUCCAUUAAUUCGAAGUGUUCUCGGUCAGCCGACAGGCACCUCGAUCCGGUUCUCGAAUAUGGCGGCGGAGGCCAUACAAACCUGGGUCGACGACCAUGGUUACAAAUGCGCCGUUGAGAAAAUCGCAUUGGAAGGCGAGGGUCGUAUCGCCGAGCGUGUCGACCUGUUGUGGAAGCUUCUACUCAACUGGAUGGAGGAGAUAAGAAAAGCCGACUUCAUUCUGGUGGCAUGCCACAGUCAGGGUGUCCCUGUUGCGAUUAUGCUGGUCGCGAAGUUAAUAUCCUUUGGCUGUCUCAAUGCAGCCCGGGUCGGCGUUUGUGCCAUGGCAGGGGUCAAUCUGGGCCCCUUCGCGGAUUACAGGUCCCGAUGGAUCAGCGGCUCUGCGGGCGAGCUUUUCGAAUUUGCCCUACCUUACAGCCAAGUCUCCAAGGAUUACGAAUCGGCACUGAGGACCUGCCUCGACUUUGGGAUUCGCAUAUCAUACAUCGGAAGCAUCGACGACCAACUCGUUUCUCUAGAGUCCUCACUAUUCGCCCCAGUAACCCAUCCAUAUAUCUACCGCGCAGCCUUCGUCGACGGCAGAGUACACGCCCCAAGCUUCCUGUCCCACCUCGUCGGCUUCGUUCUAAAGCUCCGCAACCUCGGAAUCCCAGACCACGGUCUCAUCCGUGAACUCAGCUCCCCACUAGCAGGCAGCCUAUACAGCGGAGAAGGCCACUCUCGCCUCUACGACGACCCAGCCGUAUACCGGUACGUUCAACUUCAAUACCCCCUACCCCACUUCCCAUCCCCAUCUCCCCAACCUCCCCUAAUAACAACCCCCAGCCUAGCCAUCGACUUCGCCCUCGAAACCUCCACCAUCCACAACGCCUCCCUCCACAUCAAACGCACCCAACCAGCCCCAGCAAACCCCUACAUCCUCCCCUUCGCAAUGCGCGGCAUUCUCGAAGAGGAAUACGUCCGCCGCGAACUCUUCGACGAAACCAUGGAACUCCUCCGACAAUUCGACGACUGGAAACCAACCAGCAAGGUGCUCAAGGACGUUAAGUUUCGGUUGGAGGGGAUUCGGUCGAAACUUUAAAUCUUCUUUCCUUCUCCGAAAAUCUAAUUCAAGUUCCUUAGAUAGUUUGUCUACCGGGAUAGAGAGGUCGAUUGCUUGCGCGGCUGCUUGGUUGGUUUGGUUUGGUUCAAUUUCGCUUCGCUUCCGAUGUAAUUCUAUUCUCUCAUUCUAUCUUAUUCUACCUCACCAACCUAGAUAUUGGGUACUUGGUUCGGGGUACUUUAAGUUGCUGUUUCCUUUGGCUUCCUUGCAUUGUUUUCCCUUUGCGCACAGAGAGGGUCACGGAGACCUCAGGUUGGAUCGAGCGACCACGUAUACUUCAAGGGACCCAACAUUCAACAGGCAUAAGGGGAAAGGGAAGAGGAAAAAGGGAGGAUUAGUUUUAU